AUAGGAAGCUGUCAGGUGGUGUUAAUAAUGCCUACACCACAGCAGUUUGGGCAAACAGAACAGACCUUUGCCGGCUUUGCGACCCACUUUCCGUCCGUUCUGCUGUGUGUCCAACGGUAUCCGUGUUUGUCAGCUUGCCUCACGCAAGAGACAUUACAGGCAAACGUUUGUAAUAAUAUAAUGACUUCUCUGUGAAGAGCCACUCGCUAGCAAAGCCAAGUGUGGCUUGAAGGAAGGACUUUGAGUGCGAACGAAGCAUCUAUGACAAGAGAAGAGAGCACGUUUUUACAGAGGCUGACUUUUAGACAAGAUUCUUAGCUUAGACAACAUUUUCAUCAGGGAAAAUAAAGGACUGUAAAAAUGCAAGCGAAGAAAAAAAAGUGUGAUCUACAAUGGUGGGCUGGGUCUCUAGGACGUGGUAAAGCUCGGUCAUGAAAUGGGCUUAUUUAAAACCUGGACCAGAAUUCGGAAUCAACCAGUGAUUCAGAUUGUUUCCAGGCUGUGAUGCUACGACGACAUUCAGAGAAACAUUUGCGAACAUCUGGAUGAAGUUUACAGAAACGUGAUGCUAGACGAUCAUCUGACCACGAGAGCGUUGCGUAACAUUGUUACAGGAGUUUUUUUGCAAACCGUGGACAGCUCCCCAAAAUAGUUUCAAAUGAAGCCAAACAUCUAACAUGACAUGUCAAUAAAAGGCAUACACGAAGGAUGUGUUCAGGACAUCUGACACAGGAAUGUCAACGACAUUCUACACGACCUUACCGACCCCUCAUGUCUGCACCUCAGAAUCAACUUUAUGGUUUGAGGGCGUUAUCAGGGCGACAGUAAUACAUCAUAUAUUGUUGAGAGGUGGAGAAGAACAGACGUUUGAAGAGCCGCUUGCAAUGGCCGUGGAGCUGAAGAAUAUAUCGGCUCUCCGCAAUGGCGUCGACAAUCCGAGCUUUGAUACAACUGGGGAUCAUUCAGAUGGCAUCAUGUUCAAGAUCGACGACACGAACGCAAACAAAAUGCCCAAAAAACCUGAGGAAGAAGCGAGCAACAUCAGGAUCCAAGAGUACGAGGAGAUUGAAAACGAUGAAAAUGACGAAGACCAAGGUGAUGAUGGACCUUGCUCGCGGGCAGUUGGACGUACCCAGGACGCUGUGAUAAAAUUUUACAGCACCCACAAAAGGAUAAUUGUGAAUGUGUUUCUUGCUGUCCUGUUUCUGGUGUACAUGACAUAUUUCGCUUACUGCAUGUGGUACAGUUUUGGUGACGAGGGCUCCAUUCGGCUGCUUGUCGGCACCAUCCUGGGUGUUUUUCUAAUCGCGCUUCAUUACUUGGGCGACUAUUUCAACCUUUCGAAGGCAUUGAAUGGCACUGUGAGAGUCAAGAAUAAAGCAAAGCUUCGAAAAAUCAUAAGAUGGGUCCUGUACGUCAUCAGUGCAGUCGCCAUGGUUACGGUGCUGAUAGUACUGGUGGCCAUACGAACACCCAGCAACCUCGUCUCACUGGGUGGCCUCGCUGCCUUCAUACUACUCUCCUACAUAACGUCCUUUAAUCCUGCAAAGGUGAACUGGCAUCCUGUUUAUUGGGGAUUUUGUGUGCAAUUCCUCUUUGCGGGUAUCAUUUUGCGUACACGUGUAGGGUACCAAAUAUUUGAUUGGCUGGGAAGCCGGGUCACCGAGUUCUUGAACUAUGCGUCUGCAGGCGCCAUCUUUGUCUUCGGGGAUGUUUAUCAGGAGCAUUUCUUUGCUUUUGCGAUUUUGCCAGUCAUCGUUUUCUUCAGCGCUGCAAUCUCCACCCUGUACUUUCUUGGUGUCAUGCAAGGGAUCGUCAAAGUGCUCGGCAGAUUUCUGUCUUUUUGUCUCGGAACCACACCUGCCGAGUCCCUCAACGCUGCUGCCAACAUCUUUGUGGGCAUGACUGAGGCUCCCCUGAUGAUUCGCCCUUUCAUAAGUCGCAUGACCAAGUCCGAGCUCCAUGCAGUGAUGACGGGAGGUUUCGCCACCAUUGCCGGCUCUGUCCUCGGCGCCUACAUCGGUUUCGGAGUGCCCGCUGACCAUCUGCUCUCAGCUUCUGUCAUGUCGGCGCCCGCAGCUCUGGCCAUUUCUAAACUCACCUACCCGGAGACGGAGGUACCCCAGAUGUCAGAUGAAGACUACUCCAAAAUGGAAGACAUGCCAGAAAAGAACCUGAUUGAAGCCGCCAGCAGCGGUGCCUCAGCCUCCAUCCAGCUGGUGGCCAACGUAGCGGUCAACGUCAUGGCCUUCUUGUCCAUCCUCGCCUUCGUCAACGCUACAUUGAACUGGUUCGGCGAACGGGCAGGUGUUGCAGGAGUUAGCUUUCAGUUUAUAUGUUCAUACGUCCUGUACCCGGUGGCGCUGUUCAUGGGCACGGAGCUUGCGGACUGCCGACGGAUCGCCGAGCUGGUGGGCAUCAAGACCUUCACAAACGAGUUCAUCGCCUACGCCAGCCUCCGAGACCUCAUCGCCAACCACAAGACGUGGACGAACUACACCAGUAUAUACGACCCUCACACUGCUGGAAAUGUGCAGUACAUAAGCGACGACAUCUUCCUGACGCACUGGAACAUGACGCUGACCAAGGGCAUCAUCUCGAGGCGCUCAGAGAUCAUAGCGACCUACGCUUUGUGCGGUUUCUCCAACUUUGGCUCCAUGGGAAUCAUGCUUGGAGCCCUGACAGGUAUGGCGCCCGAUCGAAAGAAAGACCUGGCAUCUAUCGUUCUACGAGCUAUGAUCGCUGGCAACAUCGCUUGUUUCUUCACGGCCUGCAUCGCUGGUCUAUUUUUCGAGGAUUACAAGUGAUCAUCAUGUAACGAAAUGUUUGUUUCUGAAUUCUCUGCAAGUUUACCAGGCUUUCCAUUCGACACGAUAGACCAGCGAGAUAAUUAACAGUCUUUCAAAAGUUGACUUUACCAUUGCUUCUUGUGAAGUGGUUUACACAAAAGUGACAAUAAUUUAGAGAUAUAGAACGACUUAACCUUGCUAGACAUCCGCACGUCUUCGAGAUUUUGUUCUUUACGUAUAAAGCAUGGCAAGGUCGGCAUGCAAACACUGCCGACAUCAUUUCUGCAAAGUUUAAGGACCGUUGUUCAUCACAUUCCUGAAAAAUAGUCUCGUUUCGUCUCACAUCCUGUCUUACAGGAUAUUCAUCUACGAGGACUUGAUGAAUUCUGCGUGGACAAGGAAUGAGCAGGCGACUUGUCUCUUCUUUAGGGCACGUAUACUGUUUCAUGCUGUACAAAUAAUUAUUAUAAUGGGACAAAUUUCAUUACACGAGCCUUGGCACAGUACUUUAUAUCUGGCAUCGCAUAAACUAAUGUAGAAAAGAGCAUCCCUUUUCUUCUGUGUACAAGUGUAGUUGUGGCUAUUCACGAUGCCAGAAAAUCUCUUCAUCUGAAAAGAAAUGCGAGAAAUAACAAUGGAACACAUAUUGUGUAUUAGUCAUUCUCACCGGCAUGUGUUGAUAACUUUCAAGCCACUCAGUGACCUCGAAGUUCGUUUAAGAGGAUCCAGCAGUCAUAUGCUCGGGAUCUUCAUUUAUUCUCUUUGUUUUUUGAUGAUGUUGAUACAAUGGGAUAAUAGUCACAGUGAGUGUCUAGAACAAAUAUUUCGGGUUUUGUUGCAACUUUUAUAAAACUUUUAUAAAACCAAAAGAAAUUAACAACUCCUAGAUAUUGUUUUACUCUUUAACUGCAUUUACUUUCAGAAAUUUUUAAUGACUUUUUUAAUUACUUUUGUACAUUUUUAUCAUACUAGUAAGAGUGCACAAUCAAAGCAGAGAGUAUGGUAGAAAACUCGGAUAGAAUUGCUGAACAAUUUGCUCGCACGUUGUAGUACUUAACUUUGUACAUCCUCUAGUAUUAUGUAGAGUUGAACGGGUGAUGCUAGACAGUCGUUCUUGAGGCAGCAACGUGUUGUUUUUGUCAUACUGAGUUGUACAGUAUCGUAAUCACUUCUGUUGAUAAGCAAAGUUUAUAUGUUAACACGAGAAGAUUUAUAGCAAUCUACUUUUUCACAGCUGUGCAGAAUGCGGUAAAAAUUAUUACAGUGAAAUAAAAAAAAAACAACAAACAAUUUAUGUAAUAAUGCCACCUUAACUUCAAUCGUAAAAGAGUAAGCUCGGGCUGUUAUCGCUAGAGCUGUUGAACUUUGACUUAUCACACACUAUCACACACCACAAUGUGUUGCAGAUUAAAAAAAUGUCGGAUAGGGGGGUGUCAGUUUUUUCAUACUCACAUUUUAUAGCUGAUGUCUGCCAUAGAAAACCUUUGACUAUAAGUUACAAGGAGUUUCAGAUAUUCAGUCUAGCCGACAUGGCGUCAUUUUUUGGUAACUGGAAAGCCGGCUGAUGUUGCAAUAACUAAAUGUUUAACGGAAACACUCAUUUUCUGCGUCUUCUUGAUGUGUGAUGGAGAAACUGUGGCUGAAGUCAGUCUUACGAGAAGAGUCGCCCCAGCAUUCAAAGAGGCAGAUUCUCAUUCCACAUCCAGCAUCUUAUAUAACAUUUUGCUAAACGCACUCUAACAACGGACUGCAAUUCGUUUGUCUUAUCAAGCCAAAAUAUUUGUGACUUAAAGAAACUUACUGUAUAGUAACUUUCAUUUGGAUGGUGCAAAUAAAUAUAUACUGGUCGCUCUAUUUGUAAAUAAUUUUGUAGGCAUUUUUGUACAAUAUUUGUACAGCUACUCGUUGCAUUUUACAUUUUGUAAUAUUUUUAUGGGUUGCACCUUUUUCAACAAUCCUUAAGCACGAAAUUCGUCGUCAAUGUUCAGUUAAAAUGUUAUGUCUUAUAUUAUCAAGAAAAAGAAAUAAAAAGAACUCGUAAAUGCAAAAA